ACUACGUUUCCCACAAUGCUCCUCUUCCCAAGCGCACGUGUCAUCGCUGCCAGCGAAACCCGAGUGAACGUCACAUUCCUGCAUUCCCUCCUCUUCAGUCCGGGACGUCGCAGGAGUCUCACACAAACUAAUCCUCUCUCCCACCUCCGCUUUCCACCAGCACACCCAUGACACGGCGGGUUUGAUCCCAGGAGGUGAACCCGGGUUCCCCAGGAGUCUCCAGCUCACGUCGGGUCACUUUCCUCCUUUCCUCCCCCCUCCCCUCCUCCUCCACCAAUUGCAGCGUGGGUUGCCAUGGAGAACUCGUCUGUGGCGUCUGCGUCGUCUGAGGCCGGUAGCACACGCUCACAGGAGAUCGAGGAGCUGGAGCGCUUUAUCGACAGCUAUGUGCUUGAGUACCAAGUACAGGGGCUGCUGGGAGACAAGGCAGACGGAGACUUGGACUUGGACAAUGGUGGCAAGGUGCCACAGUGGACCGACGACUGCAAUGACAAGAAAGAUGGCAGCUGGACGUCUUCUCGGGGUAGAGGCUCAUCCAAGCCUGACGAGUGGGAACACAGCAGUAAUGGCAGCACAGGUUCCAGACCCAGUUCAGGCUCCAGACCAGGUUCUGGCUCACGCUCUGGCAGCAGAGGCAGAAACAAUCAGUUCAAAGGCCCUGCAAAGAAUGGGAACAGAGACUGCUCCUUUGACAUCCUGGGCACAGACAUAUGGGCGGCCAACACAAUGGACUCACUCGGAGGUGCAGGUUGGGACGUGCAGCCGGAGAAACUGGACUUCAGCCAUUUCCACAGGAAACACAUCAGAGGAACGCCAAAGCACCUGCCACACAUUGACAGAGAGGGGAUGAACAAAAACAAGUUCGAGGAGGAUGACGGCAUCGACAUGAACGACAUAGAGCGGUUCUUACCUCAUCUGCGCUCUGUCUUCCCACCCCUUCCUAAUGAGGCUGAGAUUGCACACACCAAAAAGCUCUUCCGACGCAAGAAGAAUGACCGACGAGCGGUUGAUCAGUUCACCCGAGACCAGUUAACCGUACUUCUGCCCACUGGCCCUGGGGGGGAGCGGCGAGUCUCAGCCAGGAGGCAGCAGCGGCCUCAGGGAGGAGGAGGAGGUGGUGGAGGAGGGAAGAGCCAGCCUCAGCAGAUACAGCAACAGUCACCGCAGCACCACAGGGAUCACAUCCAACAGCAGCAGAAUAUAACAGAACUGGGAGAUAACAGAAACAAUAGUGCCGAUUGGCCGCCCCGCCAGUACCCGGGAGGACAUGGCCAGCGCCAAGGAGGACCCUCGCACUAUGGCUACAGCCAGAACCGGCGUUGGCACCACAAUCAGAAAGGUCAGGGGCAUGGACAGACUAACACCAUGGGUGACAAAGGCAUAACCCUGAGAACAACCAAAGACAAAGAGACUGAGAAUGUAAAAGCUGGUGACGAGCAGAUCAGACCGCCUCAAGACUGCAGCCGCAAGAGUCCCAAUGAAUCACCCAAAUCGGAGUCAACACCCUUUACAAAUACUUUCCCAGAUCUGCGAGUAUCUCCCAACCCAGCAGGAAGUGGGAAGGCGAGCGAGGGCCAGUCGGAGCAGCCCAAAGUCAGCUUGCUGCAGUCUUCAAAGGAGAGGCUGCGGAGGAGACUAAAGGACAAGGAUGAGGCUCGUGUGGAGGCAUCAGGCUCUGGGUCCCAGAACAUGGACCGGCUGGUGGACCUGCUCAACAGCAUGAGGAGCAACAGCAGCGGCGUGGAGCAGCAGCUGGCCUCCUUCAUGGAGGAGGCGCAGUGUUCGGCGCAGUCCGAGGAAUCCCUGACGCAGGUGGUCAGCACAAUCUACUCCAAGGCUGUGUCGGACAGAAGCUUCGCUGCCACUGCCGCCAAGCUCUGCGACAAGAUGGCGCUGUUCAUGGUGGAGGGGACCAAGUUCAGAUCUCUCCUGCUCAACAUGCUGCAGAGGGAUUUCUCCCGUCGUGAGGAGCUCCAGCAGUCGGAUGUCGAAGGUUGGUUGGGUUUCAUCACCUUCUUGUGCGAGGUGUUUGGCACCAUGAGGAGCAGCUCCGGAGAGCCAUUCAGGGUGCUGGUGUGUCCCAUCUUCACCUGCCUACGAGAGCUGUUGGAGUCCACAGACAUUAAGGAAGAUGCAGUUCUCUGCUGCUCCAUGGAGUUGCAGAGCACCGGACGUUUACUGGAGGAGCAGCUCCCUGAGAUGAUGACCGAGCUCUUAGCGGCCGUCAGGGACAAGAUGCUUAGUCCGGCUGAGUCUCAGCUGACCCGCUCCCUCCUGAUGGAGGUCAUCGAGCUGCACGCGCACCGCUGGAGCCCCCUGGAGGCCCUCACCACCCAAUACUACAACCGCACCAUCCAAAAGCUCACCACCACUGCCUAGGUGACAGCUGCCGCGGGAGGAGAGGAGACGAGACAUUUUCCACUUGUGCAACAUCGGCUCUUCUAGUUUUACAGCAAAACAGGAAGUUUGCCACAAUCUUGCCGACAUAAUGCUUGACAUGGUUAUUGAACGCAAAUCUACAAUUCGAUCAUUUCAGAAAGGUGAACACUGCCACAAACAUUCCAGCCGCCAGGCAGGUAGAGCUCAGCCAUCCAGGCAACACCGCAUGUGGUGUUCAAUCAAUGACAAGUCUGACGCAGAUUUGAGAAAACGCUAGUGAGUUGGCCAGUAGGGGCACGCUUGGCCACACGGCGUGGAGAGCUCGUCUGGUUGUGGCUGCUUAGGGUUAAAGGAGAGAACAGACAAGAGAGGGGUCACAGGGGGGAUGAGGAGAGGGCAGCAGCCUGUCUGUAGGGAAUAGAGUGAUCUGCACCCAAAGAUGGAGGGAGGGAGGUGGUCUGCGUAGUCUGUGUCAGCCUCCUCAUUGUGUUCAUUUCCCCCGCCACCCUCUCCUUCCCUCUGUGUCUCUCUCCAUCCCCCACCUCUGUCUCCCCGUCGGCCCCUGGGGUCUGUGUGGCUGAUAAAAGAGAGCAGGAGGCAGGGAGUAGACACGGUGCUGUCUGUCUGGGCCGUCUGCCCCGCCGGGCCAGGGAACCAGGUCAAAGGAUCUCGGUGUGGAGCCACCCCCAGCCCCCACAGCUCCUACUCGCCUUUGUCUCCCCAACUCCCCCCUUCCACUGCACCCCCCCUAGCAGGAAGCCUUUUUGUGGGGAUGAGACAGCGGGCCUGCUGGGCUGGGCUGAGGAUGAGGAUCAGGCUGGGCAGAGUAGGGUGGCAGAUGGCUGCUUGAGCCCUUGUGAGACGACACACUCCAAACGCGCCCCCACCUCCCUCUGGCUCCCCGAGCUCGGCCCAGUGUGACCAGCAGAGGCAGCAGAAGUGGGGGGUGCAGGGUCCAGCAUUAGAAAAGAAUUAAAGCAGACACUGCUGUCUGAUAAUUCUUUUGUUUUCGUCCUACAGGGGAAUGUCUCUUCUCCUCCAUUGAGCCGUGCAUGUCCAUGCUUUGUUAUCCACGUCAUUGAUAUUAUUAUUAUAUUAUUUUUUUAAUUCAUUUGUUUUUAUUGUUGUCGUUUCAUUUGGAAGUCUUGUUUUUACGAUAUAUUGUAUGUAUGAGAUUUAGCGGUAGGCCUUAUUGCACAGGUUUGAUUUGUUUUGCACUGUUUGGAGGCGAUUUGAUUUUAAGGAAAAUUCAAGUAAAAGUUUGAAUUUGAGUCAGAGCUUGUGGUAUUAUAUGAAAAAAAUGGGUUGAGCGUAUCAAGCGAUUUUAGGAUGUUUUAAUGGACUAGUGGCCUUGUCAGUUAUCCAUUUUUAUAGGAGCUCUCUUGUUCUGCGGCAGCACGGGAGGAAGCUGACGACUAAACAUUUGGGACUAAUUCACAUUGUUCUGUUGCUCAAGACAAAGAAUCCAAUUUGAAGAUGAAGAAAAGAUGUUACAUUUAAAAAAAACAAGCAUGGCACACAGAGAAACAGAAGUGAAAUGUUUCUUUUAAUCAAGCCAUUCUUUGCGGUGGAUAUUUUGCAAGUCUUUAAAAUCGAUUAUUUUGAUUUAUUUACUUUUUGAGGAAAAAGCGACAACUAUUAACCUGUGUAUUUGAAGAUGAAGAAAAAGCAGAAAAUCUUGUUGUGUGACCACAUUAGCUUCUCAUACGUGACCCUUUUUCCAGCUAACGUGUGUAAUAUGAUAUUGACAUGACAAGCCAAUCACGUACCAUUUGUAAAUGGGUUCGAUAUAUAAUCUGCAUACAGUAUAUUUACAAGUAUUUAAUUGACAUUGACUUAGAGGGGAACAGUGCAACAGAGAUGUUACACAUAGGAUGACAUGGCUGAUAGGAGUCAGCCUUCCAUGCAUUUCUACUUGGAACUAUGGCUACAUCCAUAUUACUGAGUUUUUGUUUGAAAACGCAUUAACUGUACUACGGUUACGUCUGGAGUCCACAUAACUCCAGAGAGACACUAAACUGAAGAGGUUUGGAAACGAUGCUGGCCCCGGGGCUGCUUUAGUCUGGACAGGCAGAAACUGCGAUGUUUGGAAACUAUGACGUAGAUGCUCACAACCGCUUGCUGAUGGGGUCUUUUUGACCUUUGCUGAUUCGUCAGGCUCCUGUCACAUGAAACCUCUCGAGAGGAAAACAAGCGGCAUUAGCGCACGCCUUGGCUGUCAGUGUAGAACACAACAUUGAUAAUCAAUUACAAGCCCUGCUGACUGUUUUCUUUGCUUAUACAUGUUGUGGUCUGCAUUUUACAAUGAUGCAACUGUUUGCAUCUGCAGGAGAUGAGCUAUUAAUCGAGAAAUUCCAGUUUACACCAAUGUAUGUGAGUGCUCAUAUGAUAUGUGUUUUCAAUACGGAGUCAAAACGGAUGGAGUUCGUUCUAUUUUGAAAACGCCAUUUCAAAAGAAAACGCUAUUGUAUGGAUGUAGCCCUAAUCAUUACUUGGGAGUCACAUAUAAACAUUACGUACAUGCUCAUACUUAGUUUCCCAUUGAAUCUCUGUGGGCAGUUGUAGAAGUUUUUUUAUAUUAUUUUCUCUGUCUUGCAUCAAGAAUAAAGAUCCUGUGUGGUAGAAACACAACCCAGAUGAUUUGUCAGGGUGAUGACGGGUGAUUUAAGCUCACACGUGUUUUUCUGAGGUUCAGGCUAAUUAUCUGUAAAUGUGUGCGUCCACUUAAGAAGUGAUUUGUUUUACUCGUCCUUUUGUUUUCUUUAUUUUAUUUUUUAGGUUUCUAUUUAAAUUAUAUUUAGCUCAUUUAUAUAAAUAUAUAUAAUUUUUGGUGGGUUUUCUGAAACAUCUGAAUCUGUUGUGAUACCUAGCAUUCUGCCAAGUGUGUAAGUGUGGUAUUACCGUUUGUGAAAAGGAGGGAAAAAAAUAGAAAAACCCAUCGGCCAGUUUCCAUUAUGCAAAAAGUGGCUCGCCCAUAGCAGAUGGAUGCAGGUGGGGAUUGCCCCCUACCCCCCACCCUCAUCUGUGGCGCUGGAACCUCCCCCCACCCCACGUGCCCUUAGACCCCUCUGCUCGGGUCACAUGACUCUUGACGAUUGAAUGAGAUGCACCUUCAUUUGCAUAUUCUCAUGAAUAUUGAAAAAAAAUAAGGAAAACCAAGGCUCCAAUCGAUGCACAAACAAGUAGAUGGGCAAUUUAUUGGGUCAUCUUGUUUGUUUUGUUUUUCUAAGCAACUGAAAAAUAAACUAACAGGAGAAAAAAUAAGAUGU